UAGAACUUAGUUAUCAGUAUAUAGAAAUAGUUUCUCUCAAAGAUAUUACAGUAUAGAAAUCCAUAUGGAUAUAGCGCUACUACUUUUCUGGAGUACUACUAUUCUUGGCCUUAGCCAUAAUGCUGAAGGAAGUCUAUUCUCAAUCAGAGAAGCUACUGUGCAUGAUAUUAGGAUUGCCUUGGAUCAUAACAGACUCACUUCUCGGGAAUUGGUGGAAUUCUACCUCAAAGAGAUUAGGAGACUAAAUCCAGUUCUUAAUGGAGUCAUAGAAGUGAAUCCGGAUGCUCUGCAUUUAGCCCGCAAGGCAGACCAGGAUCGAAAAGCUAAGAAGCCAGGCUCCAUGACAGGACUAGCUGGUAUCCCAAUUCUGCUCAAGGAUAACAUUGCAACCAAGGACAAGCUUAACACAACAGCUGGAUCUUAUGCACUUCUGGGAUCAGUUGUACCUCAAGAUGCAGGGGUGGUCAAGAAGCUAAGGAGGGCUGGUGCAAUCAUCUUAGGAAAGGCUAGCAUGACAGAAUGGGCUGGUGCCAGGUCAUCAGGUGUGCCUAACGGUUGGAAUGCUAGACGUGGCCAAAGUGUGAAUCCGUACCUUAAAUCUGCUUAUCCAUGUGGAUCAAGCACCGGAUCAGCAAUAUCAGUAGCAGCAAAUAUGGUUGCAGUCACACUAGGUACAGAAACAGCUGGAUCCAUUUUAUGCCCUUCUAGUUAUAAUUCAGUCGUGGGGAUCAAACCUACUGUAGGGCUAACAAGUCGAGCCGGUGUUGUCCCUUUUUCACCUCGACAGGAUACGGUUGGGCCAAUAUGCAGGACAGUUUCAGAUGCAGUGUAUGUUCUUGAUGCCAUUGUUGGAUUUGAUCCUGAUGAUGCAGUAGCAACCAAAAAAGCUUCAAAGUAUAUUCCUCAUCGAGGUUAUUUGCAAUUUCUCAAGUCUAAUGGACUUAAGGGAAAGAGAUUGGGGAUUCCAAGGUACUCCUUUGUGGGAUUCAGCAACUCUUCUGUAGCACUGAAAGCUUUUGAAACUCACUUCCGCGUUCUAAGGCAACGAGGUGCAGUAUUGGUAGACAUUGUGGAUACAGCCAGCUUCGACACCAUCAUAAUUUCAAUGUUAAAUGACGAAUCCAAAGCCUUGAUUGUGGAAUUCAAGCUGGCACUAAAUGCUUAUCUAAAGCAGUUGAUCACCUCUCCUGUGCGAUCUCUAGCCGAUGCAAUAGUCUUCAAUAAGGAUCACUCGAAGUUGGAAAAGAUAAAAGAGUACGGACAAGAUAUAUUUGAGGCGGCAGAGAAAACCAAUGGCAUUGGCAUACUGGAAAGGCAACUACUGCUUAAUUUAACUAGAGCGUCCAAAAAUGGAUUUGAGAAGUUGAUGAAGGAAAAUAAAUUGGACGCCUUAGUGACACCUAUUAGCACAAUUGUAUCUGCUAUUUCCGCCGGAGGAUACCCUGGAAUAAAUGUUCCAGCAGGUUAUGACACUGACGGCACCCCAUAUGGCAUUUCCUUUGGAGGGCUAAAAGGAUCGGAACCAAAACUGAUAGAGAUCGCAUAUGACUUUGAGCAAGCCACAAAGAUCAGGAAGCCACCUCCUCUGUGAAGAUUAAAUAUUCACGACAUAAAUAAAACUGAGCUGUAUCUUCUGAUAUUAGCAUCUUUGAUUGCUGUAUAACUAUGACAUCUUUGUUGCCGAAUUCUAGAUAAUAUGUGUGCUGUUUCAUGAACAUCUUUA